AUGGCCGCCCCUGGAGAAGGCAACCAGCCCAGUGAUGAAGGGACACCCCAGCCAGUGGUCCAGCCGCAGCAGCCUGAGUCCCGGGUGGCCCGCAGACGCCUGUCCCAGGCCCGCCAUCGAGCCACCCUGGCAGGGCUCUUCAACAACCUUAGGAAGACAGUGUACUCCCAGUCUGACCUCACAGCCUCAAAGUGGCAGGUGCUGAAUAAGACGAAGAUUCAUAUUCAGGAACUGGAACAAACCUUGGACAAUUUGCUGAAGCUCAAAGGAUCAUUCAACCUAGAAGAUGGGAAUGCCAGCAGCUUAGAGGAGGUCAAGGAAGAAUAUGCCAAAAUGUACUCUGACAAUGACAGUGUGCUCCUAACCAGUUUCCCUCAGAACAGCUCCCUGCCAUGGUGUCCCCCCCAGGCUGUUGGGCAGGGACCUGUAGAACGAGAAAAUGGUGAAGAGAGAGAGGAGGAGAGGGACCAGGAAGAGAAGGAAGAAGAGGAAGAGGAGAAAAAAGUCGAUCUCUCACAUUCCUCUGCUACUCUGUUGCCAGACCUCCUGGAAUUUGAACGGUACCUCAACUUUUACAAGCAGACGAUGGACCUCCUGACCAUGAACAGCAUCAUCUCCCCACAGGAAGCGACACUUCCCAUUGUCUCCGCGGCCAUCUCCCACCUGUGGCAGACCCUCUCUGAGGAGAAAAAGGCCAGUCUCCUGCAGGUGUGGGAGCAACAGAACAGCAGCUUCUCAGACCUCACCCAGGCCUGCCUAGAGCUGGCCUGUGUGGAGGGCAGCGUGAAGGACAGUGGGGUGGACAGCCAAGGGGCCAGCUGCUCACUGGAGUCCACCCCAGAAGAGAUCCUUUUUGAAGAUGCUUUCGAUGUGGCAAGUUUCCUGGAUAAGAGUGAGGCUCAGCACAUGUCUAACAUCAGCUCUGUGUUUCCCAACUGCAGCUCAGAAAAUACAGAGGAGAAAUUUCAGCUCUACAUACAGAUCGUUGACUUUUUAAAAGGCCUUUGCUGUGUUAACACUCCAUUAAACCAGGAGCCAGAGCCUCCAGUGGAUGAUGACAUGCUGCUGCUGAGGUGCCUGGAGACUUUUGAUGAUGAAGAUCUGUAA